UUAAAAAAAAAGAUUCGAUUCGAUGACUUUCGAAUUGGUUCGAUCAAUCAUCGGAAGAGGACGGCUCGCAACGGUCAAAACGCCGCCAGUCAAACAUGACAGGCACGACUUUCGCGGAGGUGUUGGAAACCAUUGGAACAACCACUACUACCGGUAGCUACUAGUACUGGUACUACAUGUAGGACGGGAAUACGUUGCAUUCUGGUAUUGAAUAAAGGAACCAUCAACAACCGCAUUACAACAUUACAACACCAAAGCAGCAGCAACAGCGACAUCAGGACUAAGAACAAAGAAAGAACCACCAUGCCCCCAGCCUCGACGGGAACGUUUCAGCCCAUGGUGCAUCGCACCGGCACUCUCCGAGAUCGGCUUCAUAACUACACGAAGAGGACUCUUGGUGCUGGUGGAAGUAUUAACGAGGCGGUCACUCUCCCUCCAGGGGAAUCCUGCGCCGCUUGGGUGGCUGUACAUGCCAUUGACUUUUACAAUGAUGUGAGCACAAUUUGGGCUGUGAUGGCGACGGAUCCAUAUCUCAAUUCCUUCCGUCCGGGAGAAGGGUUUCCAUCCGGAGUUGAGUAUCGGUGGUCCGAUGGCGACGGCGAAGCCGUUUCGGUAUCAGCACCCGUCUACAUUGACAAGGUCUUGGGAUGGAUUGCUGACCAAAUGAACGACGAUACAAAAUUCCCCGACGACGAUGAUGAAGCAGAAUCCCUUCGGGUCUUUCAGACACCCCAAUUCGCAGCUCUUUGUGGGCAAAUCUUUAGGCGGCUUUUCCGAGUCUACGGAAUUAUCUACUCCAGUUUCUUUGGAACUCUGGAUGCCUUGGAUAUGGCACCGCAUCUUAAUUCAUGCUUCAAGCAUUUCAUGUUCUUCUGCAUUGAAUUCAAUCUCUUGCCAGAACGCGAAAUCGAACCUUUGGAGGUUCUCGUCAAGCCCAUCCAAAAAAAGUUCAUCGCCGCUAAGCAAGGCGGCCCAGUAGCCCCAGGAAGGUAGAACUGGUCACGUUUUAUUGCUCGGGUGCUUUUGAUGGCGUUGUCGAGGUUGACAAUGAUCACAAAGUUAUUGAGAUGGAACCAAGGAACGAGAUAAUCCUAUUAGAUAAGCAGCAAGGGGCCCAAAACAGAGCAUCGGAUACUUUAAAACUCGCUCAAAUCCGUCCUCACGGCCCGGCUGGAGCAACAACGUAAAUAUCUCUUACAGUUAUAUAAAUUAGACGGCACCAGGAUACAUCACAGAAGCAUCUCCGGUACCCUAACUGAUGCAACAGAAUUUAACUGUUGUUGUGGUCCAUCUAGAGGAUGUUGGCAGCUCCCUUUCCUCGCCUUGGGAUCGCAACGCGCAGCAGAUUUCUAGCUGCACCCCGGUACCAGGUACGGUACGGGUAAAUGUGCCAGAUACAGUAGUUGCGUCGAUGAAUGAUUCAAUCGAACCCAUCGAAUAGUCCACUCGCACUGAGGGACCGUCCCAAAUUCCCCUUGCCGACCAACAUCCGAGAUUCGGGCUCACUAUUCCUGGGCCGUUCCUUACUGGCUAGCUAGUAGUUUGACUGCUUCUGAUCCCUUCCCUCGCGUCUAGGCACAUCUGACAGAGACCAGUCUCAGGCUAGCGAGUGGCUACUGCAGUAGAACAUCUUUGGAGCUCCAAGCUGACUUCCAGCAGCUUCUGUAGCUCCUGCUCCAUACGUGGGCCUUUUAAUUAAAAUAUCGGACUACCAAAGAACUAAAUAUAGCUGGCUAUGUAGCUGCACUGAGUAACUUUAGAAGCUCUGCUGGCUGUGACUUGACUGACCGUCACUCGAAUCUUCGGGGGCCGUACCGAUAUCGAGGAAGCCAAGAGCCACGUCGCAAGUGGUGCGUGGUACAAAAAGUACGUAGAC